UGGUCACGCACUGAAUUUCAAUGUCACGCGGGAAUCCGAAUCAAAAACAUCAAUAACACAUCACCAGCUGAUCAAAAACCCGUACUGAUUCGACAGAAAAAUUGUUUUUUAAAUGACUCAUCCCCGAAGUAUAUCAUAUUUGCGGUAGUACUCGGGGAAAACUCGCAAAAUCCGCUUCAAAGUUGCAGAAGAAACCCUUUUCUUGUAUGAUGGAUCGGCCUGAGAUUGUGGCACGGGCAGUUUCAACACUUGUUGGUUUGACAGUUUCUUUUGCCAUAACGUACUGUGGUGUAAAAUGGCUGGGCGAUGCUAUGGAUCCAACUCGAAAGGAGAAAAAAGAGUCUCACCAGCGGGCCGAAAAAUUACUGAAAAGUAUAGGAUGCAGUAAUAUCAAGCUCACUGAUUAUGAACUCUGCAUUGCCUCAAAUCUCGUGGACCCUCUCAAUAUGGUCAUAUCUUGGGAGGACAUUGGUGGACUUGAUGAGACGGUCCAGGAAAUAUUAGAAACAGUCAUUAUGCCAUUCAAAAGAAGAGAGAUUUUUGGAAAUUCUACCCUGAUGCAAGCUCCAAAAGGUGUACUAUUGUAUGGCCCACCAGGAUGUGGCAAGACCAUGAUUGCUAAAGCCACAGCGAAGGCAGCAGGUGCACGCUUUAUCAACCUACAAGUGUCUUCACUCGUUGACAAAUGGUAUGGAGAGUCACAAAAGAGAGCGGAGGCUGUGUUCUCACUGGCAUAUAAACUCCAGCCAACUAUCAUAUUUAUAGAUGAAAUAGACUCAUUCCUGAGGUCAAGAAACUCAUCGGACCAUGAAUCGACUGCCAUGAUCAAAACGCAAUUCAUGAGUUUCUGGGACGGCCUUAUGACCAAUUCAAACUCACAGAUUAUGAUUAUAGGUGCUACCAAUCGCCCACAAGAUGUGGAUGCUGCUAUUCUCAGGCGUAUGCCAAGUAUGUUCCAUAUAGGAUUACCGAAUAAGAGGCAAAGAAAUGAAAUUUUAAAGCUAAUUCUCAAAGAUGAAAAUUGUGACGAAAGUGUUACUCUGAGUCGAGUAUCGGAUGACACUGAGAAAUUCUCGGGCAGUGACCUUAGGGAAUUGUGCCGACAUGCCUCCAUAUACAGGGUCAGGGAAUUUAUGAAGGAAGAAGAUGAAAACAGCGGCAAGGAAGGCUGCGAUACAUCCAAUAGUCUGCGUUCCUUGGGGAUGAAUGACUUCCACCGAGCACUUCGAAAAAUGAAGGAAUCGCGAUUAUUAGCCAGUCGGAUGAGCAGGUCGUUAGAAUUAGACUAAUAAGCAUGACGAUGUGCCCAAGCAAAGUACAUGCGGAUCACGCACAAACUGCAUCCGAUGUUAACAGUAUUGGUCUCAUUCAACUACAGCAGGAAAACGUCGUGGUUUUGACUCUGUAAUCAGUUACAGUUUUAGAGAAUCUAGACUCCAGGCAAUUCAUCGCUUAUGGAACUUUACAAAUUAGUAAAAAGUGGUGACGUGCACACUCUGUAAAGGGACCAAGAAGAAAUCAUGAUAUUAAAGGGAUCUGCUCUACUAUUUUCAUGUAUCUAACUACAUCUUUUUAAAAACUUUAACUACAUCAUGUGUCACCUUUCAGUCAGCUAGAUUUAGGAUGUAUUUGUUUUAAUCAAAGUUAAUGUGUAAGUCCAUUGUUAUCAUGUCUGAAAAUAGUUUUAAAACCAGCUGAGCAGACUGUCAAAUAUGUUGUACAGGGUUUUCACUGUAAUAAGUUUAAGUGGUUUAGUUUGUGUCAAGAAUUUGUGAGUGUUGUGAUAUACUAGUAAUGUAAGUGUAUUUAUACAUUGUAUAUACUGUAUGAUAAAACUGGGAAAUGCAGGAGUAUGAAAUAAAUGAAUAAAUCAUGAA